AUUGGGAUUUAUAUUUCAAAAUAGGAAAUAUACGAUAUAUGUCCAAAUCUAUUAUGGCGGACAAUGUUCCCCCUUAAAUCGACAUUUGGUAUAAGUAUAUUGGUAGUCCUGUGACAAGAGUGCAUUAAUUUUGUAUUAAAAAUAUUGUCGGUGUUUCGCAGUAGGUGUUUGAAGUGAAUUAUUUAAUUUUGUUGGAAAACUGUUUUAGUCAACGUGGGUAAUGUUAAUAUGGUAACAUUCAUCUAUCGUUUUAUUGCUAACCCAUAAACGAUUAAUGCUUAACAGUAAAUAGUCGUUAGAUGUGGCGACAUGAAUGAAGACGCCAGCGGUAAGGCUGCAGACGAACCUAGCCGCGAGGGUGCCUGUGACGAAGAGGACGGUCGACAGUACAGUUUGGUAGUGGGUGGUGCGAGGCCGAAAGCGAAGCAAAUGGUUUUAUGUAAUGGUGCCAACGCAAGCCGUCUGGAAGAUGCGACGAAGCUCAACAAUAACCAACUGUGCAACACGAGCGACAAGACCGCUCCGUCUACAGUGUGCUCUGCCAACAAUUUCAAUCGUGUAAUGAAUGAGAACGGGACCGAUGUACUGUAUAAUGCUAAUUUCCAUGAAACUGUUGGUCAGAGCUCACUUAGUAGGGGAAAUCAAAAAGGGUCAGUUUCAGCCAACUCAAACGGUUGUGGAAAGUUUGGAGGGUCGUUUAGCAAAAGUGAUAGGUUAAGUAGUAACCAUUGUUACAGUGACAGUGACGGCGAGGAGGGGUACUCUGGUGAUGAAUGCUGUAUAUACACGUACAAAGGAGACCAGGCAGCAGAUCUACCCAACUCGUUCUUCCGAUUGGACGGGUUGUCUCGCGACCAGGACCACAGGGACGUGCGAAACGGCCAAGCGGUGAACGGCGUGGAGGGAAACAGAAACGGAAGUUCUUCGCCCGAGAUGGACUUCUUGGAGAUGGACUUUGAUCCAGGGCCUUCUUGCGAGCAGGAUUCGGACGAAGCGUUGGACUGCGAGGAGGGGGAAGACCUGGGAGAGCUCAUCGGCAGGUCCGGUGCGCAGCCCCCACUCCUGGAACCGGAACCGGUCCCCAAGUCGGAAGAAGACUCUGAGUGCGGUGCUGCGUAUUCUGGUGCCCAGGGCCCCCCCGUGUUGUACCGGGAGAACAGUACGUCGACGUCUGGUUCUGACUCGUCGGAUGAACCCCAGCCGGUGCAGCCCCCGCUGUCACAGUCGAAUGCACUGAGGUUUGUUCACGUGGACUCCCACGAGUCGUGGGGACACCACAACAGCGGAGACUUGUGUUCGGUUUCGCACGGGUCUGAUGACAAUCACGGAGUGUUGAUGGUGUGGAAUGGAAUGCGGGGUAGAGUUCAGUUUGAGGCUAGCAACAUCAUGAACUUCUCAGUCUUCAAAUUGCUUAAUGCCCUGGACAAAGAAGUUGAUUCCACUGUGGACAGUGGGCCGGGCAUGUCCUCGGCCGGCUCGUCGUCGCAGCGCGUCAUGCUGUGGUCGAUACAGGAGGCGUGCACCAAGCAGGUGACCCAGAUCGGCACGUCUGCGUGCGGCGCCACGGCCGUCAUCAACGUCCUGCUUCUCCUGAACAUCCCCUUCCACCUGGACAAGCUGAAGGAAGCUGUGGGCACCCGCCUGAGGGCGGAGUACGCCCCGCUCCCCGAGUACCUGUUCUCGCGGUCGGCGGCCGGCGUCACCCACGAGGACAUCAUCCGGGGGCUGGAGGAGGCCUCGGAGGGCCAGCUGUACGCCCGCUUCUUCCCCUUCUACCCGCAGCGGGACGUCUCCCUGUGCCGGUGGCUGGUCAACUGGAUGCGGAAAGGCGCAGUGCCCGUGGCGACGCUGAACCUCCAGCGCGCCCGCACGGCGGCGGGGCAGGUGCCCGACGCCUGGCACCACCAGAUGGUGUUCGGGGCGGGGCCCCGCACCGUGUACCUGGCCAACCCCUUGGAGUGGGUGGGGGAGGAGGAGCUGGCGCGGCAGCUGUGCAGCCCGUCCGUGCUGCUGGUGCGCUGCAAGGACGUGCUGGCGCGCUGGACCGACCAGACCGACCUCCGGCCGCUCGCCGCCCACCCUGACCCCCGCUGGAACCUCAUGAACGUGCUCGGGCAAGUGGUGAACGUUAUCCGGUCUCGCGAGCACGCGGUCAGCGAGCACAUCAGCAUCCCCGCGUCGUACGCCUCCGGGGUGACCCUGGCGGUGCGGCGGGACUCGCCCGCGUUCCUCGAGCUCCGCUGCGCCCCGGACCUGCCCCUCCUGGAGCGAGGGGAGGCCUCCGGGUGCUAGCCGCUCUCCCCCCCCCCCCCCCCCUCCCCGGCACGUGCUUCGGACAAGCUGCCAGUAUAUACCCACAAGACUGAUGUAGCGUUGGCGGAGAGCGUCUCUUGCACCGAGAUUGUAUUGCAUGUCGUCCCCCUGCACAAUUUAAUACGUUGUAUAAACAGCCUGUAUACAUUGAACAUAAUCAUUUUUUUUUUUUUUUCCAUAUGCGCUGUAUUUAUUUGUGAAAUGAAUCUGUAUUUAGUGAAUACUUCGAGUAUCAUUCUGUUGUGUAAUAAAUAUUGAAAUAUGACUUGAAAUUUUUUUUUUUGAUGGAAUUUGAUUAUUUAGGUUAAAGUGGUUUUUCCAUUUCGGUGUACUCUACUGUGUACGUGCCACCGGCGCCCGAGAGCAAAUCAUUAUAACGGACCCCCACCCUAUUUUUUUAAUGUACAACCUUUCAAACUCCAAAAUAAGAAAAAAUUAAAAAGACUGUAAAUGUUUACUUUCGCCGUAACUGUAAACAUUAUCUAUGCGUAUUGCAUUAGGUAGUCGUAGUUGCUCGAUUUUUUAAGACUAAAUUGGUGUGUUAGAAUUAUUUAUGAACUGUUUCAUUUUAUUUCUUACUUAAAAUUUAAUACAACACAGUUUACUUUACUAAUAAAAAUAAAUAAAAACCCAAUUUUUGCAAUCAUACUUUUAGAAAGACUGUGUGCCAGUUACUUAAGGCAUAUAUUUUUGCAACUCCUGCCUAAGAAUAAACAACGUAAUAAAUUUUCUCAACAUGCAUUAUUUGGACAGGGAAUAACAUUUUUAUUAUUUAAGUAUGUGAUAACAGUAUUUUUUGGGAUAAGCAAUGGAUCUUAUAAUGGUGCCCAAUCCAAAUAUUACUUAUUGAAAAAAUUUAUUAUUUUGUAGAUGUUAAAAUAAAAUAUUAUGUUCACUAAAAUUGGCGUGGUUUGUAAUCAGCAGAUAACAUUUCUAAUGUAAUUCAAAUGUGUUGACUUCAGAAGAAUAUUUUUUGUAACUAGUAUUCUGAAUGAAAAGUGAGGUGAGUUAAUUCUUAAAAUUGUAUUAUAAGUAUAUUCUUCAUAACAGUAGACAUCCGUCAUGGGAAGAGACUCAAUAUUAUGUUUGGUUUUACGUAAAACUUAGGGAUGGGAAGGUCGAAUCCUCGAAUCCCACCAAAUCUCCAGUAUUCAAAAGAUUCGGGAUUCGAGGAAAAAGAUAGUGAUAUAUUUUGAAUAAAAAUAGUAAAUUAAAAAAUUUAACACUGGCAAAUGCUUUAACUAGGUUUAUUUAUAUUUAUCUUGUGCCUAUUAUAAUACUGUUGUCCAAAAUAAUAUUUUAAUGUAUAUGUAUUGAGUAAAUUAAAUACAUAUCAUAUACUCAUCUGGAAAACUUAGUUCUUGGAACAAAUUUUAAUGUUGCCAUAUUUAGGAACCCAACAAUUGGUGAAACGCAAAAUUUUCAGAAAAUGACAGUCAGCUGUUUUCGAAGUUUUUCCUGAAAUUUCUCAUUACAUAAAAAAAAUUGGCGUGGAACACAAUUGCUUAUAUGAGUAGGUUGACACCAUUUCUGAGAAGUCACACAUAAGUUCAUAGAUCUUUAACACAGGAAACAAAUUCAGAUAAAGUAUGUAUUUUGAUUUUUACUACAGAGCCCAUAAUUUUAUUUAUGAAUGCCACAAACACGACAAGUUUCUCUUUGUGCUGUGUUUGUACGUCUUGUAUCUUCAUAUUGUUGGUUAUUUAGAGGGGUGAAAAAAUAAAAGAUGGGUUUGUUUACAAGAAAAACUGCAACAAAUUUUAUGUUUAUACCUAGUUUUACGUAUAUUUCUUUUAUUACUUAAAGUUACACAAGAAUUUUGUAUGCUCUAUUGUACUUAUGUCCAGACUUCAAGUAAGGUACAAACGAAGCUGUGCAAGUCUAGUUUACUUCCAGGUAAAAAAAUUUCGACAUUUUGAUCAUCAUUUUAUAGUUUAUUUGGCAUAACACUUCAGCAAUUAACACUCGUAAAAUAAAAUUCAAUUAAUUUUAUUGAAGUUAUACUUCUUUAGGCGCGUUAUGAAAAAAUGAUGAGAGUGAAAUUUUAAGAUGUGCGCGCAUCACUGUGACAAAAUUAACAGGAUGAAGCUGCCCGCUAAACCGCUCAUUAAGUCUCGAAAAAAAGCUACCAACAAAAUAGAAAUAGAACCUCUAUUAGUCGCCUCUGAUCGCUGUUUUCAUAUUUAUAAUACUUAUCCACAUGUUUCUAGUUUCUACAUUCACAACACGUGUUUUAGUUUCAUACAAGUGCGAAUUAUAUUUAUGUGCUAAUAAAUUAUAUUCAGUAGUGAUUUAAAUUGAAUAUUUUGAUUAAUAUUAUUUACUAUUCGUAAAUAUUAGUAAAAAAAA